AUGCCGUCCCAACACGACGCAAAUGAGAAGACUUGCGACGACAAUGAGACGCCAAAGUAUCAGAACACUUACCGCAUAGAGCCGCGGAAUCCGUUCAAAGCCGAUUUGGUGGACAAGAUCGUGAGAUCGGUGAUGAACAAUCGUCUGGACGAGCUCUCGUACGAUGAUACGGUGGUCGCGAAAUUGUGCGGCGAUGUCGCUUCGGAAAUACGGCGGCGCGUGAAAAAACUCAACUUCGACAGACACAAGAUCAUCGUCAGAGUUACGAUAAUUGAAAAGGCCAGUCAAUCCGUAGAAACGACUCUAGGUUUCCUGUGGGAUAGCGAAAAGGACAAUUAUUCUCUCUUCUCUCUCGAAGGUCAAACUUUCUACGCUCAGUGCUGCGUGUUCGGUGUCUAUUACGAGUGAUCAUUCUACCGCAAAAUUCGACGCCCGUUUUUUUUUUACGAAGAAAUCGAGUGACGUGAAUGACGAAAAAUUGCGAUACAUUAAUUGCUAAUUAAUAAUCAUAAAUUUUGCAAUUAAAUCUAGAAACAGAAUAUCUCGCAUAAUUUAUAUUUUGUAAUACGUUAAAUAUUUCGUGGCAGCAUAAAAUUAAAUAGGAAAGAUCUGUACAAUCAAUACAACCUUGACUAUCACAUGGCGAGAUUCGAGCGAGUAAGUCCCGUGUGUGUCGUCGGAAUAUUUCUCGACAAAAAAUGAAGAUUAUGUUCUAUGAUUAUAGCAAUUAGCGAUUAUCAAACCGUGCGAUUAAUUGAUUCUCACGUUAAAAACAGUACUGCAUAAAUUAUCGUUUCAUCGCGAUCUUUGAUGGGCGAUAAUGAUAUCUUUAAUCUUAUGCUUGGAUUCGAAUUAUAUCUCGCAAAAGUUUUCGCCGAUUUAAAUACAAUUUGCUCAUUAUUUUCGGAUUAACAGCACGCAAUAAUAUAUCAAUCAUCAGAUUGAAUAGUAUUAGGAUGAUCGUCAAUUAAACAUCACGAAUACGGAGCAGAUCGACUCCAAGUGCAGCGGUGUUACAAUGCAUUUAAUUAAUAAAUAUAAUCAUAUCUAUAAUUAAAUACUUUGUACAAUAUAAUAAAAUAGAAUAAAACGUGUCACGUGUGAUUAACGUUAGAAAUAUCCGUAUAAAAAUUUGCGCGAUCGUCGUAAUCUGUUGAUUAGCAUGCAAGUGAUUGUAAUUAUCAGUGUUUCCGAGUGAUACGUUAAUAUCAUAAAAGAAUAGUCGAGAGAGAGAGAGAGAGAGAGAGAGAGAGAGAGAGAGAGAGAUGAAGGAAAUCGGCAAGUCAUCUGGCAACGGCGAAGCAAUCGUAUCGAGGUGAAUAAAACUUGCACAGCUUAUUUAAUUAAUUAUCCUUGUUAUAGUAGUCC